AUACCCCAGGCACCCAUUUAGGCUAAACUUCCUUCGACCUCUGUAUUGCGUCUUUCGGUUUUGCAUCGAUUUGGUAAUAUACAAUCUUUUGCUUGAUUCUCGCUCUUGUUCUCUGCGAUUUCUAGGGUUUUUCUCUGCACAGCUUUCUUUAGCUUUCCUUUUCGCCUCCAUCAUUUUGUUUCGGAGAAACAGCUCGAAAGAGGCAUUUGAAGAAUCAAAUUUUUUUUUUAAGGUACCUGCAUUCCUGACGAUUGCUCUGAGUUCCGUAUUUCAAUUCCCCUGUGGUAUUAGAGCUCCUCUAAAAGAUUAGAAGUUUGACGAUUUUUGAGAAAGUAAUCUCCUCAUUGGACUGGGAUAUUUGGUUGCAUAUUUUGAUCUUCUCAUAUGCACAUACGUGUUUUGACUAGUGAGAUGACAGCCUCUGGUGUUCAGGUCUGCUUUGCUUGAUGGACUGCUUGCCAACUAGUUGUGACAAGAAAACGUUGAAGAGGUGGUUUUUCAUUGAUAAAAAGGUUGGGUGAAGAGACUUCUGAGAUUUCAUAUUGAAACCUUCUUCAACUUCAGAUUGCAUCGAUAUUCCACCGUCAAUUUUUACUUCAUCUCUGUAUCUUAAAUAUUCGUCUGCACCCAUAAAUCUGUUUAACAAUUCUGGAUCCAAUGGACCUUAAAUCCACUCACACUUCUCCUGUUCUAACUGACCCUGCCCCCAUAAGCAAGUCGAGGCUGGGUGUUCAUUCGAGUAUGUUGUCAUGCUCACCUUCGGGAGCAGCUUUCUCGUCAAAUUUAUUGCUAAUCCCUAGGAAGAAAACUGGGGUGUGGUUUGAUGCAAUGAUAUCCUCAUCUCCUACUCACAAGAGACUAACCAAGGGUCUCAGUAAUGAGCUUUCCACAUCUGACACUGAUCUUGCCUAUCGCACCUGGAUGCUUAAAUAUCCAUCAGCUCUUGCGUCAUUUGAGCAAAUUUCGAACUUUGCAAAAGGCAAAAGAAUAGCUUUGUUUCUUGAUUAUGAUGGGACCCUUUCACCAAUUGUUGACAACCCUGACUGUGCCUUCAUGUCUAAUGCUAUGCGUUCUGCUGUCAGGAAGGUGGCAAAAUGUUUCCCAACGGCAAUAAUUAGUGGAAGAAGCCGUGAUAAGGUGUAUGAGUUUGUAGGACUAAAAGAACUCUACUAUGCGGGUAGUCAUGGAAUGGACAUCAUGGGCCCUGUCAGACAAUCCGUGUCUGAUGACCACCCAAAUUGUAUCAAGUCUACUGACAAACAGGGGAAGGAAGUUAAUUUGUUCCAACCAGCUAGUGAAUUCUUGCCCAUGAUUGAUGAGGUUUAUAGCUCCCUCGUUGAGAGUAUUAAAGACAUCAAAGGAGCAAAAGUUGAAAACAACAAAUUCUGUGUAUCUGUACAUUACCGUAACGUGGAUGAGCAGAGUUGGACAGUAGUUGCACAAUGCGUUGAUAAUGUCAUAAAAAACUAUCCCCGGCUGAGAUUGACUCAUGGGAGGAAGGUUUUAGAGGUACGGCCUGUCAUCAAUUGGGACAAGGGGAAAGCUGUCACAUUUCUACUUGAAUCACUUGGUCUAAGCAAUUGUGACGAUGUGCUUCCAAUUUAUGUUGGAGAUGACAGAACAGAUGAAGAUGCAUUCAAGGUUUUGAGAGAGAGGAACUGCGGUUAUGGCAUUUUAGUGUCAUCGGUGCCUAAGGAAACAAAUGCUUUUUAUUCUCUCAGAGAUCCAUCAGAGGUCAUGGAGUUCCUCAAUUCCCUGGUUGUGUGGAAGAAGUCAAGUGCCUUGUGAGAAAAUAUACAUGAAGAAUACAAACAUAAAGAAGAGGCGGAUACUCUUGACUUAUACAUGCGAUAAAGAAAGGCUCUAUUGUUUUUUAGGUUAACUAGAAAAGAAAAGAAUACAGCCAUCGGUUGCGCAGAAGACUUUGUUUUACAUUCUGCAUAAUUACUCUUUCUUGUCUUAAUUGUAAAUUCCUCUCUUUAAUUUUAUCCAAUUGUAUUAAUCAUUAAUUCUGCCAUCUUUAUAUUCAGUUUUGAUACUUCAUAUUUGUUAAUUCUUUUAUUAUUAAAUAAAUAAAAGAAUAUACUUGGAGUUCUUUUC